GGUUCUAUCAUCCAUACCACUGCUGUUAGGCAAAAGCUUAUCGAACCGCCCUGUCUUUGGCGUCGUCGUUAUCACAAGCCUGUCCUUGUGACCCCUAAUCUUGAUUCUUGGUCUUGGGCAUCAGAUCAGGCUUGCAAGCCUCAAUCCAUCCAUGGUCCGCAGAUCAUGCACUAACUUGGCGUCGAGUGACAGGUCAACUGGCCCAGUACGUACUCAAACUGCCGAAAGGAUUUUCUCUCUCUCCCGUCUCUUCUCGUAUGCAAAGUCGAUCACUUGUGAUGUUAUUCCGUCAGGCUAUGUUCCGAUGAUGACACCCACCCUGAUGACAAUAUCGUGGCCGUAAACUCACUGAUUACACGGACUUAAGCAUGUUUUAUUCCCACAUGUGACUCACUGACGCCUUUCUUGGCUCAUCAACAAGAGCUCCCAGCUGUCUCAGACCCUCAAAGUGGCGCUCUCCCGCUGACUGCGUAAAGCUUCCCACCCUCCUGUUUGUUUGUCUGCGGCACUUACCGUGGGACAGGUUCGUUAGUAUAACUUAAUCGGGCUCGCCCUGAUUUUCUGUUUGUUUUGUUCGGAGCUACGCUUUGAUAUAAAUAAGCAGGGGUCUGCCUGUCAUAUUGGGCCAGAAGUGUGAAGUGAAAACCCCACUACAGCAGAGACAACUCACGAGCCUGAAACCAAGAAAAGGGCGAGGGAAAAAAGAAAGGAGAAGAUAAUUGAGGCUGUUUAUAUAAGACCUCAACUCCUUCUUCUCAACAUCCAUCUUCAACCAUUCAAGCCUAUUGUCAUCACCACCCAAAAUGUAUCGCGAGAAUCAUCCAGGCCCUCUCUCCCUCCCCGCCAUGUGGAGUCCCCCGUGCGACGAGGCAAUCCCUCUACCAAAACAAUCCCACCACGAUAACCAACGAUCCCGCCAAGCAAGCACAUGUUCUGAACGCAGCUGCGAAGGCAUGAGCCUCGAUGAGACGAGGGAGCUCUGGAGAUGUAUGCUUGAGCUGCAACUUCGAUAUGGAUGUUAUAAUUCCACGAGGAUCGAUAUGGCCAUUGAUGCUGGCGAAUGCGGCGUUGACUUGAUGCCGAAUCGCUUUAUUAUCGAUACGCUCAAUGAAUCUGUCAUCGAUCUUCCUGAUGAGGGUCGAGAGCUACUGAACCGCUAUCUAUGUCCAUCGUCGCCGAUGAAGCAGAAGUGGAAGUUCUGGAAGAAGGACUGAGCUUUGCGUACCUUUUAUCAAUUGGAUCUAUGGCGUUGAUGGAUGGAAAGACUGAGAUGCAUGAGCAGGAGUUGGAUGCACGUUAAAAACUUGAUCGAUACCCAGAUAUCAGAAUGGCCCUGAUUUACUUACAUAUUUUUAAUUGAACAACGUCGUUAUCAUCUCUCAUCUCUCAUACUCGAUACACAAAAGGCAAUCGAUAUACAUCACACAUCACAGCUUCUCCUCAAACUCUUUAUCCCCAAUAAACCCAGCCUGUAUCUUCAUACUCUCCAAAACCCUCCCCUUGACAUCCUCACUCUCAAUAUCCAUCCCCAUAAACCCACCAUGCGUAGCCCCAAACUCAUACCCCUUCAGGAUCCCCCACAUCCUCGCCAUCUCCCCAACACCCAGAGGAAUGAAGUUCGGAAUGCUCCACAGGAACGAGAAAGAGUUCAACCCAGCCGGUCGGGACCGCGAUUCACCGGUGGCGUCUACACUCCAGUUCCCGACGCCUGACGCCGUCGUCAUAAGCGUGUCGGCUAUGAACAGCCGUGAGUUGUAGUGUAGCACCAUGGAGCCUGGGAAGUGCCCGCCGAGCUUGAUGGCUUUGGCCGUGGAGAGGAUGGGCGUUUCGAGGGCCGUGAGGAAGAUUUGAUGUGGUGAGGAGAGGGUUGUCCAGAUUUUGUCUUCGGCGGAGAGAUACACUGGACAAUUGAAUGCGCGAGCCCAUUGAACAUGGGUGCUGUAAAAAUGCGGAUGACUUAUAACAAUCGCCUUCAACCCUCCCUCAUUCUUAAUCCUCUCGACAGUCUCAUCAUCAAGCAGCGUGAUACAAUCCCAGAGAAUGUUGCCCUCUGGCGUUUUGAUAAGAAUAGCACGCUGUCCAAUAGCCAAUUUCGGCACCGACGAGAUGAACGUGAUAUUCUCAUCAGAAGAACACUUAGUCCAUUCGUUUUUAUGCUUCUUUUUCAAUUCCCCCAGCGUAGAGAACGAUUGUCCAGACGGCGGCACGAAUUGGCGCGGGUCAUCGCAGAUGUGACAUGUCUUGAGGGUGCUGCGAUCAGACGUUGGGAAUUGAGUUCCGCAUGUGUCGCAGACGAGCCAUGAGUCGGCAGUGAUGGGGUCGUAGGGCUCUGGGGUGAAGCUCAUGAUGGGUUUAGCUUGCUAUGAGACGAUCUUGUACAGAAAUAGGGAAUUGGGGGAGGGUAUUCUUGUUUUCUUGUAUCACCUUUUAUCCCCCACCUUUGAGCGACCUCGGCCGAGUUGUCACAGGUGCUGCUGCAGGUUUGUUGCAGAUGUGAUUGAUCUGUAAGCUCUCCUCUGUAGUCAAUUGACGUCACCCUGUCAAGUUGUCCCACUUUCCCCACGUUUGACACGAUUGUUUGGAGGAUUUAAGGUAUUGAAUUCCUCAGUGGACUCACGAGAUUACAAAGCAGGAUCUUUUGUUCAACCAAUGCUUCAACUAGCGAGGUCUAGACUUAUGAUUCAAUUGAUUCCAAACAUUGAUUCCACAUCGUACUUCGUAUUCCUGGUAUCAAAGAGUAUCAUGAGUCCAUCACCAAACUCCAGACACCUACCAAAUCAAGACUAUUCCCAAAAGACGGGUCUACCACGCCUCCCACAUCUGGUUUCCCAUGGAGAUCAACCUGUUGAACAACUGAUCCCGCAUAGAGACCGCCGUGAGAUGAUGUUCUUG